AUGUAUCUUGGCCCUGGUGAGAAGAUUGCAACAGCAGGCGGACUUUCUAUUUCAAGUUAUGGAAAAAAAUCCUACAGUGACAGUGAUGCUGAGGGUCUAGUGGAUAUCUUAUUUGGCUCGGAUUGGCCACUUGAUAUUACUCGAUUAACAGAGGGAUUCCCUGGAUCUACAAGAGUCAACUACGAAUCGUACGCUAAGGGUAUUGCACAGAAAUUAAAACCAAGGUAUCACUUUGUAUCUAAUCCCCGGUACAAUGUUUUUUGGGAACGACAACCGUUUUCCUGGGAAGAGGUGGACAACAGUCAGAGCAGGGUUACAAGAUUUAUAAGUUUAGCUGAUUUCCAAACAAAAGAUCAAAAAUGGUUCUACGCAUUCAAAAUCGAUGUCACUAUUGAUAGGACCGCCUUAACACCAGCUAAUUCCACGACCAACCCAUACUCGGUAACCUCUCCACCUAAAAGACCAAUGGGGGAGUUUGAUAAUAUUUGGGAUGAGAACAACCCAGAACGUCUGAGCAUUGAUAGAGAGUCUGAUAAAACAAGAAGCAAAAAGAAGAGAAAGACAGCACAGAUAAUGUCUGUCAAUCCGGAGAGCUGCUUUUUUUGUUUGUCGAAUCCUAAGAUUGAUAGAGCUUUAAUAUCCUCCAUUGGAGAAGAAUUCUAUUUGGCGCUUGCCAAGGGACCAUUGAUAUCUGGUCAGACAAAAUCCCAGUUAGGAUGCCCAGGACAUGUAUUAAUUAUCCCUAUGUCACAUGUUCCUACAUACAAAUCAUUGACAUUUGGCGGAGAUUCACACAAAUUUAUUCUCGAAAAAAAGAAAUAUGAAAUUGCAUUGAAGCAGAUGUACUCCGAACAUGGAUUAUAUUAUGUUUCUUUUGAAAUCAAUCGAAAAAACGGUGUACAUGUUCAUACUCAGGUGAUUCCUGUGCCAGAGAACCGAGUUCCUUUAAUCGAGUCAACGUUCAAAGAAGAAGGUCGUAAGCUCGGUAUUCAUCUUAAGAACCGUGAAGUCCAUGACGAGGAAGAGGAGUAUUUCAAACUCACUCUGCCAGAUUCCUCUACUCUUGUUGCAUCCAUCGGCACUCGGAACAGAUUUGAUUUGCAAUUUGGCAGACGUGUAAUGGCCAUAAUCUUAGGAAUUGAGGAACAGAGUGACUGGCGACAGUGUUUCCAGACAGAGAGUGAAGAGCAGACUGAUUGUUUCGAGUUCAAAAAAAGAUUCAAGACGUUCGAUUUUACAUUAUAG